AUGGCCAUCGGAACAGUAUUCGAAGACGAUGACUUGUCUAAACAUGUUAAUAUUGAUUCUUGUGAGAGAGACGUCAGAACACCACAAUCUGCUACAGUGAAUACCAAGAGUCUAGAUGGUAUUUCAGGUGCCUUGGAACGAUUGAACCAGCUCGGGACUGCCAUUCGACAGUCUUCAGUAACUAAUCAGAUUUUCAAGGCGCGAGAGUUUGCCGCGGAGUUUGAUAUGACUUCCUUUGAGCAAUUAGCGAAUGCAUUAGUACAAAAACUUUUCCCGGACGCCACCAAUGGUCUCAUCGAGCUGCUCACGCGAUCCAUGGCAGAGUCAUACGCCCUAUUUCUUCAUCGCAAAAGCCGUCAGAAGCGACUACAAAUUACUCGACAUGUCCCGCGGUCCCAAAAACCUCUAAUGCGCAUUCCAGAUGAGACUACAGGUACCCCCGACGGCUCAGCAAUCAUGGAAGUCGAUUUGAAAGCACUUCGUGUUGGCGACGGUUUGAAUAAUAGAAUAGCCCAAGCUCCUCUGUCUCUGCCUGUUCAUAGUGUUCCAGAAUCCGAGCCCACAUCUGUGGACAGUAAGGAGUUACAUAAACGACUACGAACAUUGAUGAGUCCCACGGAAAAUACAAAACCAGUUUCGAUUUUGGUAAAUCAGGCAGAGUAUCCUCGCCCAUCCAAAACAAGCAUUAUCUGUGAGUGGUGUUUUGGCCCUCUUACAACAGAUUUUCGCGAUGAUAAACCGAAGUGGCAGUGA